AUGAGCAAUGAGGAGCUGUUGGUCUGGAACCAAUUAUCGCAGAGCAUGCGCGUCCAAUGGGAACGUCAGUAUAGCGCCGGCAGCAACACCACCAAAGAUCUUCGAUUGAAAGACGGCACUCUCCUCGUCAAGCUCUCAGAAAUCAGUGGGGCGCUCAUUUCACAAAUCAGAAUCACGGCACCAGCGGACAAAGCCAAUUCAAACCCAAGGCUGCAUUCCUGGAUGGAGUUUCCUUGCGUCAUUCGUCAGGCUUUUCCUUCUGUCUCGACCGCCAUUUAUGGUUAUCCUGUCGAGGACACGACUCACAUCGCUUUGAACGUACUAGAUCGCGUAAUCUUCAUCAUUCAGAGUAACAAAGACAAAACGGUGUACGAAUGGCUGAUCCCUGAAUCCUUUUCGCCCCUGAACGAAGUAACCAACUCCCCUGUUCUAGGAUCCGUAAUCUGA